AUGAAGAAGCAAGAAGCAAUACUACAAGAAAGCAUCCAGACUUCAUCUGCACCACCAACGGCCACCUCAUCUCAACCUUCCGCAUCCGCAUCUCCUACCCAUGAAUUCUCCUUCACCAUCUCCCUCCAUCCGCACCCAGCACAAAAAUCGCAACAAGAUGGUUAUAACUCCGGCAACUACGAUGAUAGUAACCACCGUAAACAUGGUAACACCACAACACCACCAUCGGAACCAUUGACUGCUAUCGACCUUUCUCCGGCGGAUGAUAUCUUCUUCCAUGGCCACCUCCUUCCUCUCCAUCUCCUCUCUCAUCUUCCCAUAUCCCCUCGUACAUCGACAACUUCAAUGGAUAGUUUUACACUCCCAACGAAGGACAUCCUAAAGGACCAACAUAACCCCAUUGGAAACACUAGCUUCCAUUAUCACCACCGGAACACGUUCUCAGAGUUCAACAUGACCAGCAACAAUGUCAAUCAAAUCAGACCAAAGUCCAAAUCUUUCUCGUUGUUUGGUCGUAACAAAGGAAAAAAAGGAUGCGCUGAUGAAAGAGAAAGAGAUCACGAAGACCAAGAUAAAGAAAGAAACAACAAUAAUUCCAAGAAGAAGCUGAAAUUAGAGGUGGCUCAACUUAUCAAGAGGUACAUGAAAAUGGUAAGGCCAUUGUUGUCGUUUCCGAAGGCGAAGAGGUCAAAUAAUGAAUUUAACCGGCAGCCACUUUCUUUUUCCGGCAACUUGCUGAGCUCCAAAAGCAGUUUGCCGCUCCAGGUGACUAGAGGUGGUGGGCGGAGAGGCGAGUUCUCAGCCCCAGCGUCCAUGAGAACUUCUCCGGCAAAUAGUGGAAUACUUCUUGCUUCAGGAACUGUGAGUCCCGCGAAAAGCACAUCGAGUGAUAGCACCAUGGAAGAGUUACAUGCUGCCAUUCAAGCUGCUAUUGCUCAUUGUAAGAAUUCCAUUGCCAUGGAAGACAAAAUUCAAGCAUAA